AUGCAAAGGCAAACAAGAGGGAGCGCAUUAUUUGUUGAAGCUAAUGGACAGGGGACGUGUGUUUUUUGUCUUGGAAAACACAAGUCAGAGAACUGUGAGAAUUUCAAGUCACCGGGAGAGCGAAAGAACAUCUUGGUUAAGUAUGCUAGAUGUUUUAGAUGCCUUAGGAAAAAUCACAGGUCCUACGAGUGUAGAUCGAAAGAUAGUAACUGUAAGGGCUGCGCGGGCGCGCAUCAUCUUUCAAUAUGCGAAAAUCAAGCUAGUGGCCAAACAGAAACGCCACAGCAGGAACGGGGGGAGAGCGAGCAAGCGGGAGAAGCUAGUUCAAAUCACGUAACUUCGGGGUUUACGGAGAGUUUUCAUGUUGGCUCUGGUACGCGCAUAGCUUUACAAACAGCGCAGGGCAUUGUUAGCUGGGAAGGGGGCGUAUCAGCUAGGACAAGGUUUUUGUUUGACGCCGGAAGUCACCGCUCAUUCAUCACGGCGUCGGCAGCGCGCAAAGCCAAACUUCCUGUCGUUAGGCGUGAAUGGCUUUGCAUUAACGCGUUUGGUCAGCACGACCAGAAAGGCACGCUCAGAGAGGUGGUAGAGUUUAAUGUAAGUCCUGUAAAUGGAGGUGCUAGCAUUAAUGUGCAGGCGUUCGUAGUGCCAGAGAUUUCCAGCAUACCCAAUGGUCAUGUAGAGUUAGCUAGAGAUCAGUUUCCGCAUCUCAAAGGUUUAUGGUUCUCAGAUGUGAAUAGGAAUGAGGAAAGACUAGAAAUAGAGAUUUUAGUUAGAGCGGAUUAUCUUUGGCAUUUUCAGAAAGAACGAGUAAUUCGAGGCAAAGUACAGGAACCCGUCGCCAUAGAGACAGAGUAA